CUCAAAUGGAGAAAAUAGUCGAGGGAUACAUAUAACCUUAAACUUUCGAGUUGAAACUGCAACACACUGGGCAAAUUCUUAUGUUAUUCCUUUGCAUCUCAAAUCGUCGAAACUUCAAAAUGGAAAUUGGAAGAAAUUUAUCAGAUUGCCCAACCCAUCAUCAACACAAGAAAUUUAAAACUACCCACCAGAUUCAGACCUCCGGUGAUGGAGAAAUCCCCAAACUUCCUGAAGAAAUCAUAGUAGAAAUCCUCACAAGGCUCCCCGUCAAAUCCCUCUUGAAAUUCAGGUGCGUUUCUAAAUCGUGGCUCUGGGUAAUUUCUAGCCCACAAUUCAUCAAAACCCACCUCAGAUUUUGGGCAAAAGACGCGACUUUUUCUAAGUAUAGAAUCAUGUUAACGAUUUCCGACCCAGGUUUUAACCUCAAGCACUGUUCAGUCCGUUCUUUGAUAUGUGAACCUUCGACUGAGGCAUUUAACAUUGAUUAUCCUAGGAAACACCCAUACAGGGCUGUUUGGGUAGUGGGUUCUUGUAAUGGGUUAAUCUGCAUUGCCAUAAAUGAAAAAGAUUUGUUCUUGUGGAAUCCAUCGACAAGAAUAUCGACCAAAUUACCACCUGUCGAAGUCAAAAUGAUCCCAGGCUUUUACAAUAUAUUUGGUUUUGGUUAUAAUGAGUCCAGCGAUGAUUACAAGGUUUUGGGUAUCUUCUGCGCGUUCGGAAAUGUGGGAGUUUACGAGUCAGUUGUGAAGUUGUACAGUUUGAAGACUAAUUCAUGGAAGAGGAUUGAGGAUUUCAAGGGCGGUGAACCAUUAGAUGAUUCUGGGAAGUUUGCUGGUGGGAAGCUUCAUUUUUCCACAAUUCGAGGGAUCGGCUUGGAUUUUAGAUGGGAUAUUGUUUCUCUUGAUUUAGAAACUGAAUCGUAUGGAAUUGUAGAGCAACCAAAUUAUGGAGAGGGUCCGUCGGAUUCCAGUUUGGGUGUUGUGGGAGGAUGCAUUUGCAUUCUAUGCAAUUAUGAAAAAGUUCGCGUGGAUUUGUGGGUGUUAAAGGAAUAUGGUAUCAAGGAGUCCUGGACUAAAGUUGCUAGCAUCCCUUACCUUAACGAUCCUGGCAAGUUUCUGCACUCAAAACCGUUGUUUAUGCUACCAAAUGGUGAAAUUUUGUUGGUCUUUGGGAUGCAUUUAGUAGUUUACAAUCCAAAAGAUAAUUGCUUGAGGCAUCCUGAGACAAGUAAUUUCGGUGCAUUUCUAGAAGCAGACGUCUAUAUUGAAAGCUUAAUUUCGCCUGCUGCAAGUGAAGUUUAAGGAGAUGCCAGUGACGCAGAAAAGCUUAGAAUAUCUUCCUGUGGCAAGCCUCAAUUUGCAACGUUCUAGGCAAGUUAUAAUAUUGGAGUCUGCCAACUACACUUGGUUACCCUCCUUUUGAGUCAUCUGAUACUUGCACUUGGCCAAGGUUUGUUAUUUUUCUAACUGUUGGAGGAUUUUUCAGAUUAUAUGAAUGUGUAUGUAUAGGUCUGAACGAAAGGCGAUGUGUAAAAGAAUUCAGAGUUUUGAGCAUUGCUAUUUUCCAAGAUCUGA